AUAACCUCAAAAUACAUUUUCAAUGUUUAUUUUUAAUUAAGUUUUUUUCUUCAAGAUGCAUCUCCUCAUAAUAUCGACCCUUCUGGGUUUUCUAAUCGUCUAUUCAAAAUCCCUAUCGAAACUGGUAUUGAAAUGGUUCAACAGAAUGACGAAGGAAGAAAAGACGUUAUUGGAUAAUAAAAAUAAAUUGAAAGAGGAACAAUCAGAGUUGAGCACUGUGAGGGAUUUCGUCAAGUUCUCGUUGCUUCAAAGGAAAAUAAAUGUAUUGGAUGAGAAGCUAGAAGAGGCCAGGACGAAGAGAACAAGCAGUUUCAUGUUCAAUGUGGGUGUGAAUUAUGGAUUCAGGACAAUCAUCUCUGUAUUCAUGUUGUUCUUGAGUGUCUACUACCGGAAGGAGCCUGUGUUUAUAGUUGAUUCUAAAUACGAUCUGUUUCCAUUCACUGGCCUGAUCUCAUUCCCCAAUGACUAUGUGAAUGCUGUGUCUGUGCAUUUUUGGAUGAUCUGUUGUUCAAGUGUUGCUAGAUUAAUCCAAAAUAAAUGAUUUUUUUUCUAUA